UCUCACCUGAGUCUCACCCACCACAGCGCCACAGCCACUUGUACAUAACCCAAGAAAAUCACCCAGUGUUUUUCACUACUUUCUCCAUUCCCCUCUUCUUCCCGUGUUCCCCUCUCAGUCGUGGCCAUUGCUAACUGUACUGAAUGAUGAAAGCCCUAGCCAGCUCUUCUUCCAGGGUUUUCCCUGGAAAGUAUAGAGAGAAAUGGUUUUCGUCUACUAUGGAUGCCCAGAUUCGUUUCUUGCGAUGUCAGAAGCUGGUUGAUGUUGGUUUCUUCAAUUCGAUUUCUGUGCAGCAUAAGCCCAUCCCUCCCAUUUCUUCGUCGUCUCCAGAACCCCAGGCCGAAUUGGAAACUGCAGAAACUAAGAUUCAAAAGAAAUCUCGAUCCAAUACUGUUCAUGUCAGAUUACAGUUGCAGAAACGGUGCUCGUAUGGUGAGCAGUUUCUGAUAGUAGGGGAUGAUCCCAUGUUUGGCCUAUGGGACCCAUCAAUCGCAGUACCCUUGUGCUGGUCAGACGGCCAUGUGUGGACAGCAGAACUGGAUAUACCCAUUGGAAAAUUGAUCCAGUUCAAGUUCAUACUGAAAGGAAUUACUGGGACUAUCUUGUGGCAGCCCGGCCCAGAUAGAAUUCUUCGCACCUGGGCAACAGAAAACACAAUCACUGUUGUUGAAGAUUGGGAAGAUGCUGAGCUGCAGAAAAUAACAGAGGGACCAGUUUCUAUUCUAAAUGAGGAACCAGUCAUCAAUUCAGACACGUUGAUUGCUGCAGAGGAUGUGACUCAUACAAAAGAUAAACACAUAUCUGAUAUAAACAAGGAAUCAGCAAUUACUGUUACCACAGCUCAUCCAUCUGAGAAACCACCAGCAGAGGCACAGAAUAAACUAACUGUUGCAGACAACAUUCCUAAAUCACAAGAAAAACUCAUGGCUAUGGUUGCAGAGAAUAUCAUUUACCCAAAGGAGGAACCCCUUGCAAAUGCUAAUGAAGUGCUUCGAACAAAGACUGCACCUUCUCCUGAGGCUACCUCUGAGAAAGAUGUGUUGAUGGCAGGGAACAACCUUGCAGAUAAUGGCAGAGCUGCGCCUAUCAAGAAUCCAGGAAGCGCAGAAAUUAAGGAAAAUUUGAUUACCUAUGAAGGUCCUGUUCUUGUACCGGGUUUGACGCCAUUGUCAACAAUACCAACUGAAGAAACAAGCCAAGAUGGGGACAAGAGAAGUACUUCAAUGGAUGCCUCAGUCGGAGCAAUGGAAGCUAAGGAUCAGACUGUACCAGAGUCAGAUGACAAACAAGAACCUGAAGGUGAACCACAUCACGAGGGUACAACAGAAAUGGUGUUCAUUGAUGAGAAGGAAGAACUACAGGAUGCUGAACUCGAACAAGAGACUUCUUUGGCCGAAGAAAACCAGAUGAACUCAGAUUCACCUGGCAAUGGUUUCUUGGGAAAUGAUGUACAAUGGGGUCGUAGAACUCUGCAGAAGUUUCUCACUAACUUGGGUUUCCCUAUAGCAUGAAUUCAACAGGAACACAACUGGGAAAGGAGCUCGUCCAAAUUAAAUACAGCCUGCAAGUCUGCAACUUCCAUUGCCUAAAUUUUCAAAGUGGCCCUGCAAUCAGGAGAGAGGGGCAUUCUUGGUGGAUGUUUGUAUGUACAUAUAGAAUUUCUGUUACUUUUACCUGUUAGAAUUUGUAUCUCAUCUUUAUCUUGCUGUGCACCAUUAUUUGAGAGUGAUCAGAUUUUUGUACUUGUAACAGUGUAUGAUUUGCAAGCAUACCAUGAGAUCCUGUUCUUAAACUUGAUGGAAAUUGAGUACUAAAUAGUCCAGGACUCAGGUGGUGUUUGUUUUUUUGGACUUUUUGCUGAAAUCAAUUUAUUU